UGCUGCUUAUUACAGAUGGCAGGAGAGAAGCCUGAGAAGAAGGCGGCAGGAGCAAAGGCUGAAAAGAAGGCUGCCGGAGAGAAGGUGGAGAAGAAGCCUGAGAAGAAGGCAGCAGCAGAGAAGCCUGAGAAGAAGGCAGCAGAGAAGGCGCCGGGAGAGCAGGCUGUGAAGGCGCCAGGAGAGCAGGGUGUGAAGAAAGUCCGAAAACAUCAUGCCAGUCGCAACCCAGUACUGGCCCGUGGAAUUGGGAGGUAUUCCCGAUCUGCAAUGUUUGCAAGGAAGGCGAUGUACAAGCGCAAGUACGCAGCCCCUGUAACUAAGAUUGAGAAGAAGAAGCGGGAGAAGCCCAAAACAACCGUGACUAAGACAGUUGGUGGAGAUAAGAACGGCGGCACACGCGUGGUUAAGCUCCGUAAAAUGCCACGUUACUAUCCCACCGAAGAUGUUCCUCGCAAGCUGCUCAGCCACGGCAAAAAGCCCUUCAGCCAGCACAAGCGCAAUCUGCGCGCCAGCAUCACUCCUGGAACCGUGCUGAUCCUUCUUGAUGGACGUCACAGGGGAAAGCGUGUUGUCUUCCUGAAACAGCUUCAGACUGGACUCCUUUUGGUAACAGGCCCUCUGGUCAUCAACAGAGUUCCUCUUAGAAGAGCUCACCAGAAAUUUGUCAUUGCCACAUCCACCAAAGUUGAUAUCUCAAAAGUCAAGAUCCCGAAACACCUAACUGACACAUACUUCAAGAAGAAGAAGCUGCGUAAACCCAAGCAUCAGGAGGGAGAGAUCUUUGACACAGAGAAGGAAAAAUACGAAGUCACACAACAGCGCAAAGCAGACCAGAAGUUUGUUGACUCACAGCUCCUGACUUUCAUCAAGAAAGAGCCCCAACUUCGUGGAUACCUGCGCUCAGCGUUUUCUCUGUCAAAUGGAAUGUAUCCACAUAAACUGGUCUUCUAAAAAAAAAACUUCAGUGCGCUAUUAAAAAAAAAAAUAUAAAUCUUU